AUGGACGGAAUAUCGUCGCUCUCGGCGAUCCUCGGCGUGCUGCAGGUGCUUGGCAGCGCGACGAUCGCAGUGUACAAGUACGCCGCGAGCGUAAAGGGCGCACCCGCGGCGUGCGACAGGCUCCUCCAGGAGCUCUCUGCCAUCGGUGGAACGCUCGGCCAUGCAAAGGUCGUGCUCGACGGUCUGCAGGGGCAUGACGACUUCUCGUCAAACCAUACCCUCAAGAUCACCGCGUUCCUCGGCGGGACUGGGGGCCCGCUCGAGAGCUGCAGGGCGACGAUCGAAGAAUUGUGUGCGUGGCUUGCGCGCGAUGGUGAUAAGCGCAUGCGGGUGGACCGGCGUAUGCUGUGGCCAUUCCAGGAGAAGGAGUUGAUGGAGUUUGUGCAGAGGCUGGAGAGGCACAAGACGCAUUUUAUUCUAGCGCUUUCGUUAAAUUCUGCCGACUCAUUGAUGCACCUGGGAAACUCGGUGGAGGACGUCAAGAAGGAGCAGCAGCGCGUGAAGGACGAAAAGGCGCGGCAAGAACUACAGAUGGACCUUCGUGAACUUAUUGAGUGGUUGUCUCCGCUUGAUGUUGACAGAAUGGCGCUCCUCAAACAGUGGAUUCCUGUGCUGCAAGGCAUUCCCGGAAGUGGGAAAACUAUCUUGGUGUCCACGGUGAUCGAUGAGUUGAAAUCAUCCUGCAGUGGUGGCAACGAGGAGGCGAUCCUCGCCUACUAUUACUGCGACUUCAGUGACUCCAAGAGCGCCAACCCAGUUACGGUGCUGCGCACGCUCCUGACACUCUUUAUGGCGACGAUCGACGAUGACUCCGUCGACACCUUCGUGGAUCUCUUGAAGCGAAAGAAGGCGACCAAGAGCCCGCCCGACGACAUCGAGCUGCUGCAGUUGCUGCUGCUACGCGCGAUUGGCGAGCGGAAGGCCAUCAUCGUCCUCGACGAGCUCGAUGAGUGUGUCGACCGGCGCUGGCUCCUCGAGUUCAUCCCUCGCCUUGUCCAUCAGGCGAGCGUGCGGUGGCUCGUCUCGAGCCGACGCGAGCAGGAUAUCGUGGGUGCCUUCGAAGAUUUCCACACUAUCUCGCUGUCGCACGAGUUUGAGAAUGUGUACGCGGAUAUACAAAGGUAUAUUAUGCAGACACUAGAGACCGAGCCAAGGCUGCGUAGGUUGGAUAGCGAGCUUAAAGCCGAGCUUGGGUCUGCUCUGCUGCACAAGGCAGACGGAAUGUUUCGCUGGGUGCAAUGCCAGCUAGACUUCAUCAUCACUCGACGGACUAGGCAGAGUAUUCGCGAGGCACUACGCACUCUACCGCGUGGCUUGUAUCCGACGUGCGAAAGGAUUUUGAAGCGGAUCGAAGACGAAGGAGAGGAAUCUGCGUUGAUCGCAAAGACGACUUUACUCUGGCUUGUCUCAGCUCUCCGCCCCCUCAAACUUGUGGAAGUGGAAGAAGCAAUCAUAAUCGAAGUGGGAAGCGAGAGCCUCAACGACGACGCUCGCGUAUUGGAUGAACACGAUAUCCUGGAGAUUUGCAGCAGUCUGGUCGACUACGACGAUUCAACUGACAUCGUCAAUGUCUCGCAUUACUCUGUUCAGAAUUUCUUCUUUCUGACCACUUGUUAG